AUUUUUGAAUAAAUAUGUCUGUCACAAGGAAAACAGAUGUUUCUUCUGAUCCAUCCUUAGGGUCAGUGCUGUAUCAUACAGCCAGGAGACCUUCAAAAGGAGCAAAAAAGUAUAUGGAGCAUCCCAAGUCUGCUGAAGAAGCUGCUAGAAGUGAGCAUAGAAAUAUAAACAGAAUUGUGCUCAGAGAGCCAGGCUGAGAGUGCCAUUCAGGCAGUGAACUAAAAGAAGUUUAUGCUAGCAUGCUAUCUACUCAAUUUUAUCACGGAAAGACUGCCAAAAAGGGAUACCUCAAGUACAGGAGAGUCCUAGUUGAUUGGAUGUGAGAGAUAGGUGACACAAUAAAACAGUCCUAUACCACAAUCCAUCAUGCUGUUUGUGUUAUGGAUAACUAUUUCAGCAAGCAUGAAGACGUAAAAUCUAAUGAAAAAGGAAAAAGAUUACUAAAACUAGUUGCCUUAACAAGUAUCUUCAUCAGUGCCAAGUACUGUGAAAAGGAUUCUAAAGGUCCUACUGCAAGGAAUAUCUCCAUGCUGACGAGAGGAGAGUUCUCAGAAGAAGAGAUCUUAUACUUUGAAGGACUAAUUUUGCAAAAGAUUGGGUGGAAUCUGAUGUUUACAACACCAGCGGACUUUAUCAGUUUGUUCCUUAAUCAGGGUAUUGUCUAUUCUGACGAUCUUGUAUUUACAGAUGAAUUUGCUUCUCACCCAAGAGCUCCAAGCUUGAAGAACAUUAGAUAUGUAAGGAAGUACUGAGAGUUCUUUGUAGACCUUUGAUUACAAGAGCAAUCUUUUCAGAAAUAUUCUUGUAUUAUUCUUGCAAUUUCCAUUAUCCUUGCAGCGAGGAAAUCUGUGAAUAUUUCUCCUAUCUGGAAUGAUGAAUUCUCGAGGCUAUUUAUGAUGAACUUUAAGCAUGUUGAGAAGUGCUACAUUGAAAUAUAUAGUUUCUACGAAGCUUCCUUUCCUAAUCAGACAAAGGCUAUAAUCAAGCCUGCUAAGGUAAUUCCUUCAAUACACAAGACUAAGCCAAAGAAAGAAAACAGAAGUGUGGGUACAAGGUACACUUCCAGUGAAACUUCUCACAGGAACAGAAGUUCUACUAAGAGUUCAAGAAGAAGCAAGAAGGAGCUUGCCACUUGGAACCUAAGAAGUAAGCAUAAGGGAAAGAGGAGCACUAACAGCUCUCUCCUAAGCCAUAAGGCUGAUCUUUCCCGUGAAGUAAAGAACAUAACCACACCAGAUAAGUUCAUAGCUUUACAUCAGAAAAAUUCAUCUUCAAACAAAAAGUCCACUCUGAAAAAGUUUAGACCUCAGAAUGUUUCCCUCAGAAGGGCAGUGCAAACUGGUAUGAGCGGAUCAAGUAACAAGAAAAAGUUAAAGAUAAGAUACAAGAAUAAAGAUGCUGUAGAGAAGAUGCCCUUAAAGCUUGACUUCAACACUAAAUCUAUAACAAAUCUAACUAAGCAGAGCAAAUUCUCAAAUAGGAUCCCUAAAGCACCACAAACCAAAAGGAAUAGCCAGAUAGGUGGGACCUUCUACAAGGCAAAUUAUGAUCAGAAGCCAAAGCUAUCAUCCAGGAAUAACAUGCCUUCAUAUUCUGGGAUGUAUAGUACUCUUGAUAAUGGAAAGCAUCAUAUCUCCCAGCAAGAGGAUAAAAGAGAAUAUCUUCUCACUAAAGCCCAAGAUUCAAGCUCCUGUCAAAGAUUUUCAAACCAAUACGAUCUUGGCAAUACAAGCAAAGAUAGUUCAUGAGGUAUCCGUAAGAUUGGUUACAAUUGGGCAAUCAACAACGUCCCAAGUUGGAAGAAGGACAAAAGCAAGAACUAUAGCUCAAUGUCUUCUCUAAUGAACCGCCCUUCUGAAGCACGAAAGCAAAGUUUCCAAAAGCCCAAGCCCAAAUUUACCCUCAGUAACAGCUCUAGCUUCAUGCUUACAAAGGAAAAUCCCACUACCGAUAAGGCUCAGCUCGCCAAGAGAUCCAAGCUGCACAAGAACAUUUUCCACCAAAUAGGCACUUUCCCUCGCUCAAGUUCCUCCAGCACCAGGCCUAAAAAUCCCAGUGGACCUAGAAGCCGGCUUGAGCAGUACUAA